AAGCCUAAACUGGAAAAAAAAAACAUGGAAAAAGAAAUGUUGAUGGGAAGCCUUCACUUGCACUCCAUUCACAAAACCAUCCCACUUCUUAGGCUCACUUCACUCUUCCUUCUUUUCGUUUCUCUUAGUAAUCAUGGCAACCUUGUUCAAGCUCAUAUCUUCAACUAUGCAGGUUGCUCUCAAGAGAAGUAUCAACCCAACUCCCCCUUUGAAGGCAACCUAAACUCCUUUUUAACCUCAGUUGUUAGCUCAUCCUCUCAAGCCUCUUACAAUAGCUUUGCUAUUGGAAAUGGAACCUCAACACCUGCUGAAGCUACCAUAUAUGGCUUAUAUCAGUGCAGGGGCGAUUUGAAGACUAUUGACUGUUCAAGAUGCAUGGAAAGCGCAGUUAACCAGAUAGGUCUUGUUUGUCCAUACUCUUAUGGGGCUGCUUUGCAACUAGAAGGCUGCUAUGUAAGAUAUGAGCAUAAUGAUUUCUUAGGGAAGCUUGAUACGAGUUUGAGAUAUAAGAAGUGCAGUAAAAGUGUAAACAACGAUGCUGAAUUCUUUCGGCGAAGAGAUGAUGUUCUUGCUGACUUGCAAACAGCUAUGGGAUUUAAGGUCAGUAGUUCAGGUGUAGUAGAAGGUUACGCUCAGUGUUUAGGGGAUAUAAAUUCGGCUGAUUGCUCUUCUUGCCUCGCGGAUGCUGUUGGGAUGUUAAAGACUUUAUGCGGAUCAGCUGCAGCUGCCGAUGUGUUCCUGGGGCAGUGUUAUGCGCGGUACUGGGCAUCGGGCUACUAUGAUUUCCCCUCAGAUUCCUCCAACGAGGAUGAAGUGGGAAAAACAGUAGCCAUCAUCGUUGGUGUACUAGCUGGCCUAGCAGUCCUAAUCGUUCUUCUCUCAGUCUGCCGGAAAUCAAUGGGUUAAGAAGAUAGAAAUUGGAGUCAUCAUGGAAGGUUCCGGGAUGUUAAUUUAUUUUAAUAUUCUUACGACAGAUAUGCUCUUUUUUUUUUUUUUUUUUUUAUUUAAUGGACUAGCUAAGUUUUUGCACAAAAGAAGUUGAUAUGCUCUCUAUCAACUUCAGAAGAGCUGCUGAUUCCCUUCCCCUUCCCCUUGAUGGUUCAUGCUGUCCAACAAGACUCAUCAUUCUUUUUUUGGUUUUAUAAUGCUUAUCUAAAACAAAAGGCUAGAUUUCUGAGUAGAAGAUGUUGAUAUAAGGAGCUUAUAUCAUAUCAUUGGGUAUCUACAAAAAAGAGUAGAGUUGUCAGGAUUUUAACUUUU